AUGUCUUCCGGGCUCAAGUCGGUGGCGUACUUCGUCAACUGGGCGAUCUACGGACGCAACUACAACCCCCAGGAUAUCCCCGCGGACAAGUUGACCCAUAUACUCUAUGCCUUUGCCAAUGUUCGCCCUGAAACUGGCGAAGUGUACCUUUCCGACACCUGGUCGGACAUUGAGAAGCACUAUCCCACUGAUUCGUGGAACGACGUCGGCACCAACGUCUAUGGUUGCGUCAAGCAGCUGUUCCUGCUCAAGCAGCAGAACCGCAAGCUGAAGGUGCUAUUGUCCAUUGGUGGAUGGACUUAUUCGUCCAACUUCCCUGGCGCAGCCGCCUCGGAUGCUAACCGGGCCAACUUCGCUACGACGGCCACCAAGUUGGUCACAGACCUUGGAUUUGAUGGUAUCGAUAUUGAUUGGGAGUACCCAAAAGACGAUACCGAGGCCCAGAACAUGGUCUUGCUCCUUCAGAAAUGCCGUGAGACGCUGGACAACGCCGCAGGUGCCAGCAGAAAGUUCUACCUGACCAUCGCUUGCCCUGCUGGACCGGACAACUACACCAAGCUCAAGCUGUCCCAGAUGACGCCGUAUCUGGAUUUCUACAACCUGAUGGCGUACGACUACGCCGGGAGCUGGAACACCGUCGCGGGCCACCAAGCCAAUAUAUAUCCUUCCUCUGACAAGCCCGCGUCGACCCCCUUCUCGACCAAUGAGGCCGUGAACUAUUACACCCAAGUCGGCGGCGUGCCAUCGGCAAAAUUGGUGCUGGGAAUGCCCCUAUAUGGGCGUGCCUUCACCAAUACCGACGGACCCGGCACCGCCUUCUCAGGCGUCGGAGGAGGAAGCUGGGAGAAUGGUGUCUGGGACUACAAAGCGCUGCCCCAGGCUGGUGCCACUGAGAAUGUGGAUGCCAACAUUGGCGCGUCUUGGAGCUACAGUUCUAGCGCUCGCACCAUGAUCUCGUACGACACCGUCGCCGUGGGAGAGCAGAAGUUGAAUUAUAUCAACCAGAAGCAGCUCGGCGGUGGGAUGUGGUGGGAGCUUAGCGGGGAUAAGGGAGGUAAGACUGCGAACAAGUCGGACGGCAGCUUGAUCGGAACGUUUGUCGAGGGGGUGGGCGGGCUCUCGUCCUUGGACCAGUCGCAGAACGCACUGUCCUACCCGGAGAGCAAGUACGACAACCUGAAGAAAGGUUUCCAGUGA